AAGCAAAGCCGUGCGGCUGGGCAUCCCAUGGUGUUUGGGUGUGUGUUGCACUGACUUCUUUGACUUCCUGAAUGCGCUGCGGCAGAGCUGCUCAGCUGCUCGAAGAGGCAGAGCGGCUUCGAGCGAAGCGUCUGGGGAAAGAGCCCCCUCGUCCGGAGGCGCGCCGCGCCACAUUGAAGCCGAAAGAGGCCGCGCAUUACGUGACGCUGGAGCUGACGGUCACGGCAAGCCAGGAGGAUGUGCGGAAGGCCUACCUGCGCCUCGCAAAGAAGUGGCAUCCUGACAAGAACCACAGCAAUGCCGCGGAGGCAGCCGAGCGCUUCAAGCAGGUGGGAGCUGCUUACGAGGCACUGCGGGUGGACAGCUCGGCGUGACAAUCC